AACUUCGUCUCAUUGCUAGAGUGGACGCCGCACACAGAAGUCAAUAAUUAAUUUUGCUCUGAAAAAUGUUCCAUCACGUGUUCCGCUUGGCGCCUCUCGGGGGUGGUUAUUCAAAUUACGGGGAGGUGCACCAAUUGCCGGAGUUUCUCUACCUGCACUUUAGUUUCCUGGGCCUGGUGAUCGCCUCGUUGGGCGGCGCGGGCCUGCUCGUCUUUUUGCUACCCGCGUUGCACAGAAAGGGUCCCACCCUGCUAGUCGGUCUCACGGCCAUCGCCUGCGGAACCGUGGCCGCCUACGGUCUGGUCAUGCCCAAUUGGCAGCAGGCCACCAUGGAGUUCAAAAGUAUCGACCGCUCACAAAAUAGACAGCUUUUGCUUGGCGUGCGAGUGGGUUUGAGCGGAACAAAUUUCAGUGUCGCCCACGAAAUGCUGUCCGACGGCAUAGAACUCUAUUGGGACCAAAGGCUUGAGUUUGACUCGUUAGAUGGAAUGUCAAAGCAGUUCCACGACGGCCUUGCCGCGGGCCUUCCGCACGAGAUUCUUGAGCUGGAAGAGCAACUGGCCGGCUGCGGAAUUAUGUUUGGGCAACCGGCCUUUGCUUGGCCAUUCCAUCUCCGCAGGGCCGGUUACUUCAGCUCCUGGCUGCUUGCUGGAGUUAUCGUCGGCUGGCUGUUCACUCUGGUAUUGCUGAUGGCUCUUCCGACCAUCGGAGCAUUCAGCCUUGGCGUGACGGGGCUGGGUCUGACCCUCGCCCCUGUGAUUUACUGGGGCCUCCUCCCAGCCAAAGCAGGUCCUGCAGGCCACCUCACUGUCUACGGAAUUGAAGUGCCUCUGCACUUCGGACCUUGUUUCUGGGUCUGUCUGUUUGUCGGGCUUUGGACUGCUACGGUGGGCUUUGGAAUUAGGAUCUACCACGUUUGCCGACCGGACACUUUCUUCACCGACUUUGAAGUGGACUAUGAUGCUUUGGAGGAAAAGAGAAAACACAUUGUGGCUCUUGAGCUUGAGCAGCAGGCAAAAGAAAGAGCUCUUGUCCAGGAGAUGGAAGAUUCAAAAAUUGCUGAUACACAAGUUUAAAUUUUCAAAAUCAAGUUUGCAAAAUGUACAUAUUCUUUUUUAAACAAAAUUUGCUCACUUUUAAAUAUUCCAGAAUUUGAAUUAAUUUAUAUAAAAAUACAAAUGUGCUUUUUUGAAAAAAUAAAGGUUUCUAUUUUAUUUUCUAAA